UUGACAAUCUGUCAAAAUACGCGCGCGUUCAGAGUGCAUGUCGGCGUCGAAAUCAGAAAAUUAUGUUUUGAUUAACAAUAUUAAUAAUUAUACGCAAUUUUAUGAUCCAUUACCUGCUAUUUCACAAUAUAUUCCAUAAAUGAUUAGCUACAAAACUUACCUGAUUGCAAGUGACCCUGCUUUGUUAUAAUAAAAAGUUAAAACUAUUGUCCACUGCUCAAGUAACGAGUCAAAAAUCGUUUCGUUUUCAUUGUACUGACUGUGAAAUUCUAUCAGCGAUGAGUACUUUAGAUAUGCAGAAAAGCUGGGCUGAAGAAGUGGAAGAAACUUACAGUCGAAAAGCCAAGAAAGAGAGAAUGAAAUCUGAGAGCAGCAGCAGCAGAGAGAACUCUAGCAACCGUAAGAGGGUAAAGCCCAAUAGAAAUAAAAAUGAAUCUGAUAAUGCUCCUAAACCACUAAAAAAGCUUAUGGAAUUGGAAACGGACCCAUCUGUUCUUCAAAGACGUCAGAAACAAAUUGAUUAUGGGAAAAAUACUGUUGGCUAUCAUAAUUAUAUCACAGCUGUACCUUUGGAAAAACACACAAAAGAACACCCAUCAACACCUGACAAGUAUACAAAGUACAGCCGGAGGUCUUGGGACCAGCUAAUAAAGUUAUGGAGAAAAAAACUUCACACGUUUGACCCUGAGGCUUACAGUGACACGGAAUCUGAUGAUUCCAGUAGCAAAUAAAUACCUCAAUUUUUAUUAUAAUUAUGACUGAAGAAUAUGUAGGUAGAUUUUAUAAAUAGUUAUUUUUAAAAAACUACUAAUUUGCAGUAUUGGAAUGCUCAAAUAUUGACAUUCUUUAAUUAUUUUUAUGUAGCGUAAACAUAUCAGCUACAAUUAUUACUUAUUUUCUUUUCAUUUUCGACUUUCUUGUGUAAUAUAUAUAAAUUUAGUGCCUAGCUUAGCUAGUCUAUGCAAGCAUUGACUAUAAUCACGCUAUUUGGAGACUACUACUGACAUUUUGUGGAAUGGUUAUUACAGAAUAAAAGUUAUGCCAUUA